UCGCUGCGAUCCAAACGCGCGACGCGACUUAUUCAGCACCACCGCCGCCUUUCAUUUUUUCCUUCGCAUCUUGAGAGAGAGAGAGAGAGAGAGCGGAGGAGGAGAGCAAGGAGAUGGGCGGCUUCGACCAGCAGGUGAAGGAGCGGACCAAGGAGCUGAAGCACCUCAAGACCGCGGCGAUGAAGGGCAUCAAGGCGGCCGGCGAGUCGUGCAAGAAGGCGUGGAGCAAGGUCAGGAGCAGCAUCAAGCGCUAAAAGGCCCUAGGCGUUGUUGCUCUGCUGCUGCGUGGUUUUCUGAGUUGUGGACUGUGGUAGAUUUGCGCUUGUGGUUUCUGUUUGUUGGAUCUACUUAUUUAUUUUGGAUAUACAUCAUGUGUGAAGAUC